AUGCUUCAGCUUCUCGAUAAAUUUGUGGAGCGUGUGGGUGAAUCGGCUGUUGUUCAAGUUGUCACCGAGAACACAAAUGUCAUGGUGCUUGCUGAUAUCGGCAAACUGCCCACUUUCAAAGCGACAACAAAGAAAGCAACAAGCAUAGUUGCCUACAUUUAUUCUCGGCCACUCGUGUUGAAUAUGCUUCGCCAGUUCACAGGAAGAAACGAGCUUCCUCUACGGGCAGGCAUCACGAAAUUUGCCACCAUUUUUCUAAUGCUCGAAAGGAUGCAAUCACUCAAGGAGAAGUUGAGUGAUAUGUUUACUUCGCAAGAAUGGAAAGAAAGCAAGUGGAUUAAAGAAGCCCGUGAUUAUGGUGGACCUUCAAUGGGCUUUAUUUAUAAUUCUAUGGCUUAUGCAAAAGAAGCAAUUAAGGAUGCUUUCAAAGGAGAAGAGGAGGAGAAGUAUAAUAGAGAAGUGUUUGGUAUCAUUGAUAAGAGAUGGGAUUGCCAGCUUCGUAAUCCUUUGCAUGCUGCGGGCCAUUAUUUGAAUCCGGUGUUCUUUUCCACAUACAAAUAUGGCAUUGAUGUUCCUAGUGAUGUGGCAAACGGUUUUCUUGAUUCUGUCGAGAAAUUGGUUUUGGAUCUUGACGAGCAAGAGAAAAUCACUUCCCAAGUCUGUGUGUACCAAAGGGCGGAAGGGCUGUUUGGGAAGGAUUUAGCAAUUAGGAUGAGGGAUAAAUUACACCCGGCAGAUUGGUGGGGUUUGUUCGGUUCACAUACACCACAAUUGCAAAAGUUUGCUAUUAAAGUGCUUAGCCUUGUUUGUAGCGCCUCGGGUUUUGACCACAGUUGGAACGUAUUUAAACGCAUUCAUGGCAAAAAGUGGAAUAGGCUCGAUCGACAGUGUAUGCAUGAUGUGUUGUAUGUGAAGUGCAACCGUUUUCUGAAGCGUAAGUAUAAUGGAGUUAGUCGUGUGAAUCCCAUCUCUUUGGAUGAUACAGAUGUUUACGAGUGGUUGGUGAAAAAUAUAUUGGAAGGAGAAAAUGAUUUAGAAGAGUUGGUGUUUGAUGGCGAAGAUUUGACUUGGGAUGAUGUAGUAAUAGCUGUUGGGACCGAGCAAGUUGUUGAAGAAGAGCAAGUUGUUGAAGAAGGCAGAGGAAAGGAAAAGGAAAAGGAGAAUGAAAUAGAAAACGGAAAAGGAAAUGCAACCUCCUUAACGAGAGGCUCGAUUCCAAGACUUCGACAAGAAGAAGAAGAAGAUGAUGACGAGAAUGAAGAAGUUGAAGAAAACGAACAAGAUGAAAAAGUUGAAGAAAAUGAAGAAGGGUCUAGUGAGAAAUUUGACAAAGAGGAGGAUUGGCAUGAUGACGUAGAAAAUGAAGAAGGGUCUAGUGAGAAUCUUGACGAAGAGGAUGAUUAUUAUUAUAGCUUAAUUUCCUUUGUGUUUAACUAG